UUUCCUCCACACCAGUUGGAUACAAUUGAGAGGCACGGACGUACCGUGAAGACGCACUUGGCACUUUUACGGAAAAAAUAAGAAAUAUUUAAGCGAGACGGAGACACGUACGAGUCGAUCGUUUAUUCCGCUGUGAUAAAUGAGUACCGGCUGUUUCACCGCGGCUCAGCGGAUUUCGUGCCACACCAUGAAUGCGGAUUUAUUUAAGCCUGCUCCGGAGCGUGGUGGACCCCAACAGACUUCUGCCCCGGCGAAAAACAGCAGGAAUAAACACGACCAACCCAAACCGGAGCUGGCUCAGGUUGUGACGGAUCUCAAGACGGGGAGGUCCUACAUUAAAGGGAAGCUUUUGGGAAAGGGCGGCUUUGCUCGAUGCUAUGAGAUGACAGACCUGUCCAACAACAAAAUGUAUGCAGUGAAGGUGAUCCCACAGAGCAGGGUGUCCAAACCACACCAGAGAGACAAGAUUACGAACGAGAUCGAGCUGCACAGAACGCUGUCACACAAGCAUGUGGUGAAAUUCUCCCACUAUUUCGAGGACCAAGAAAACAUCUACAUCUUCCUCGAGCUGUGCAGUCGGAAGUCCCUGGCACACAUUUGGAAGGCGAGACACACACUCACAGAGCCUGAAGUGCGCUAUUACCUCAGACAGAUCAUAUCCGGCCUCAAGUACCUCCACAGCAGAGGAAUCCUGCACAGGGAUCUCAAACUAGGGAACUUUUUCAUCAAUGAGAACAUGGAGUUGCGGCUGGGAGACUUUGGCCUCGCUGCCAAGCUGGAGACAGUUGAACAAAGAAAAAAAACAAUCUGCGGGACUCCUAAUUACUUGGCUCCUGAGGUGCUCAACAGACAGGGCCACGGCACAGAGUCUGACGUGUGGUCCCUCGGAUGUGUCAUGUACACACUGAUGUGUGGAAACCCUCCUUUUGAGACACUCGACUUGAAAGAGACGUACAAGUGUAUUAAAGAAGUUCGCUACAACCUUCCCUCCACGCUUUCCCCUGCUGCUCAGAAACUCAUCUCAGGCAUCCUACAGAAGAAUCCCAGUGACAGACUCACGCUGGAUCAGAUCCUCAACCACGAGUUCUUCAAAGGUUUCACUCCUGACAAACUUCCUCCCAGCAGCUGUACAAUGGUGCCAGAGCUACACCCUCCCAGCCCUGCCAAGAAAUUCUUCACUAAAAUGGCCAAAAGCCUAUUUGGAAAGAAGAAAGCAAAAGUGGAAAAAAUUCCAUGCGAGGACAAAGAGGACAAGGAUAUUUCCAAGCUGGUGUCGGGCAUCGUUAAAUGUUCCAUCAACCGGCAGAUCAGCUACAAAACAGUGGGACCCAAUGAGGUGCAGUCUCCCACCGGUCAGCUGGUGAGCUCUGUGCCUCUGGAGCAGACUCCUGCUGAGGAGGAAUCCAGGAAGUCCAUUUCCAGGUCCUUUAAGGGCACCAUGGCCAGCAGCACUGAACCAUGUGAGGAUGUGCUGACCCCUGCAGCUGUCGCUGACUCUGCGCUGAAAGUUCUCACGAACUGCCUGGCCACCAUGCCUGCAGCCAAUAGGAAUCCACCCUGCCUGUCCAGUCCGCAGUCCUUCCUGUGGGUGACUAAAUGGGUUGACUACUCCAACAAGUAUGGCUUUGGCUACCAGCUCUCGAACCAAAACGUAGGCGUGCUCUUCAAUGAGGGAACACAUCUCAGUCUUUGUGACCAGCGCAAGACAGUCCACUACUGCUUGACCAACAACAAACACUUCAGCUUCCCUGCAAACUCUCUACCUGAGCAGCUGCGCAACCAGAAACAAAUAGUCGAACUAAUGGCUAACUACAUGGAGGAGAACCUAAUGGAGGGUGGAGAUCUGCAUUGUGAGGAACAUGUCUCAGCUCCUCCUCCUCUGCUCCUCCAGUGGGUGAAGACUGACCAUGCUCUUGUCAUGCUCUUCAACAAUGGCACUCUACAGGUUAACUUCUACACAGACCACACCAAAAUCAUCCUGUGCAAGUCUUCUGACGACGCCUACCUGCUUACCUAUAUCAGUCGGGAACGUGCCUCGUGCACGUACCUCCUCAGCAUGCUGAAUGAAAUGGGCUGCACAUCUGAGCUACGACACCGCCUUAGAUAUGUGGUCCAGCUUCUCCAGCACCACACUGAUGCCUGAGAGCGCAGCUCAGUGCCUCCCAGGCUGCCCGAGUGACAGAUGCCUUAGAGGCAACCUGACUGGUUGAUACAGUUUCUCAAGGCAUAGCCAAGCAAGGCAAUGUGUUCAUAUGCGUGACGGAUGAAAAGGAUGCUCAACUUCUCUGAGCAAUAUUCUUGUCUGGCUUAGUGCCUAGGCAGCUGAUUUAUCAAACUGACUGAUUUUGAUAAAUGUCAAGCAGUCAGGGAGUUGCCCAAAGCAGCAUCUGCCUCAAGGGGUUGUGCCUAUCCAGCUUAAGCCUCAAAGGUAUCCACCUGGAAAGUAUUGAUACCUAAAAUAAAAGACUCAUACAUGGCCUGAAAUGAUGGAUCCCUCAUCGGCAGAUUCCUAAAAAAACUAAAAAAAGACAAAAAAAACCAAACCACCCAGUUAUCCUCCCUCACUCAAAUGCACUGCUUCUUGUCUUGGGCCUUUCAAAUCCACCAACCCUACAGCUUUCAGCCUCCCCUGAUAGCCCAUCACCCAGGCAUGGUUUAUUAAACAUUUCUCAACACUAAAAUUGUCCCUUUUGCUCAGAAUGGAGAUAAUCUUGCAGCAGAUUUCCAAAAGUAUUUUAGCAGCAAGGUCUUUUACACCGUUCUCUUGCGCUCCAACUGAUCUUUCAGCAAAGAAGCUUUGUGAAGAGGUAUGGUUUGACUAGCGAGAAAGACCCCCCCCCCUAAACCCUCAAUUGGUUAAUGGUCUUUUUUUUGUGGUACCAUGGUGUACACUUGUUUUUUCAAAUUUUUUAAAAAAAUAGAAAAAAGAGCCAGCUACAGGAUCACACUACAAUCUUGACCUCACACGCACAAAUAUGCCUGGCCUUAUUUGAUGAUGGUGAUGCUUAAGUUUGGGAGUCAUUGCUUCUUCUGCUCCAACAUCUUUUUUUGUUUUUUAAAUUGCAACCAAAUUUCACUGAUGUGGUGCAUAAGAAACUACUGGGGCUGCAGGAGUAAACACAAUUUUGCACUUUCUUUUUUUUUUCCUUCUGUAAAUUCAUCAGGCGUACGAAGCCUUUUACCACUUGUUAGCUUUUUUUUAUUUGCUUUUAACUAGAUACCAAAAAGCAUUUCAACUUUUCCGUUUGUUUUUAAAAAAGAAAAAAAUAGAUUCAACUUUUUUUAAAAUUCACAUACAGUAGGUGAAUGUGCGCUCCACACGUGCUGGGAAGCUGAACUGUUGGUUGGAUAAUGGGGUGGGGGAAAGGGGGGUAAAAGUGCCUUUCUGAGGGAUGCCCGUUUAGUGCAAUAACAGCCCUUUGUGAAUGUCAAGCUGGCUACAAACAAGAUUGAGAUGGGUUUUAGAGGUGGGAUUUACUUUUGGACUUUGUACCAAGUUUAAAAGUAAGUCCAAUAGCACUACACUCUCACUACCUGGUAUAAGCUUUUAGAACAACUGUUAGAAGUAUAUAUUCCAAUAAUAUCUACUAAGGGAAAAAAAAAAAAAAAAAAAAGAAAACCUUGUACUCUGUCGUACUGUACUGUAAUCCUGAUCGGUUUACAUUGCUUUCUUGACCCAGAGUUGUAUCCUAAAAACUGUGACCUGGAAUGCAAGUAUUAUGUACAUGUGUUUUCAGAAAACUCAACAUUGUGAAAGCCAUCUGCCAAUUCAAAAGAGUCUUUAUUUUUUUGGCACAUAAUGUCGUGUUUAUUUAUUUUUUAUUUAUACAUAGUUUUUUAUUUAUUGUGCAAAUGUUCCGGUCUUGACACAAGUAAACGUUCAAUUCCGAUCACUUUUUUUGUAACGUAUUUUGGGGGAAAAAUGGGACAAAAAUAAAGUUUAUUGAAAAUGA